AAUGGGGGGUGGGUCACCCUGUUUUAGAGACUAUGGGGAUAAGGUUGAAAUAUAUAGAACUCUCCUUUCUCUAUGUACCCCUGUGGAGAGCUUCUAUGUACAUGUGAGUGCAUGUAGCCAAGUAUGUAGAAGUAAUAUCAUUGCAUUCGACUGAGAAAAGCAGAAGUAGUUUCGCGGACGUCAAGACGAUAACGUCGCGGCGGUUAUUUCUUUCUUCAGUCGCACAAAACUGGAUGGAGAGUAUUUAUUUCGGAUAAUUACCAAAUGAAUUUUUCACAAACCACCCAUCUAAUCCAGAAAAAAAUAUGAGGAUUACUUGAGUGGAAGGGUAGAUGAGAAAAAAGAAGAAAUCUAAAAGAAAAGCAUCAACAAAGUCUCGAGUUUGUGAAGUUUUGUGAGUGAGAGCAGAAGAGAAAAAAAAAUGCUGAAGAAUCCUGCAAUCGAUGGGAAAAGAGUUGGUGAAGGAAGAAAUUCCACGGAAGUAGUGAAAAAUGUGAAUUAACGCGAAAGAAGUAAAAAAAAAUCUACCACAAAUUUCGGAAGAAAAAAAAAUGUAAUAAAAGUUUAACAGCUUUCGGCACCAGAAGCAACAGAGAAGUUCCUUUUUUACAUCAUACACAACAAAUUAUACUAAAAAUAUAUAUACAAACACUCGAUGAAACCAAAGUUCCUAUUUAAAAGUUUUGAAGAGUUAUUAGAAUUCUAUACAAGAUAAAUAUUUAAACCAAGAUAUAUAGCAGAGUAGAUAAAAAAAAGGAGGGUGAAAAAGAGUUUUUUUUUGUGAAAAGAAAAAUUUCUCAAAGUAAAUUUUUAAGCAAGUGAAAAAAGGUAUCAGGAAGCAAAGGAAAUCAACUUAGGGUUGGAGAGAGAGGAUUGAGGAGCUAAAAGAAAGAAGUUCUAGAGGAAAAAGCUCGUGAGGUGGAUUUUGUGUUAAAAGAGUGGACAGCCCUGUGUGUGUCAUUUACCACCACUUUUAACAACACAACUACAUACUAAUAGCCUGAUAUUAAAGCCUCGCAUUGGAAAAGGAAGAAGCACGGAGUACAUAGUGAAAGUUGUUGAAAGUUCUAAUUGACUAAUUUGCAUCAUCUGUUUUCUGUGUUGUCGUGCUACUCGAAGAGAGUGAAACAACGUAGCCACGUGGCUUGGCUCAACAGACUGCCACAACAUUGAAGCACCUCUGGCCCUAAUCCCUGGUCUCCCCGGUAAUUAAUGUCCACCGUGGCGAGGAGUGGCAAUAGCAUCGGCAGCUCAAGUUCUCUCGUGGAUGUCGAUAGUGCAGACAGCAAUGAUGCCUCCUCGAGAGAUGAUCUCGAGGAGGACUUCAAGCACCGCAAAAUCCGACAGAGUGUCAUCUCACCACCUGGUCCUGCCUCAGCCACAAAUUCUCAGUUUUCACCUGCGGGAGUCGUGACCUCUUUCAGUAGUGCUGUAGCCGGGAUCUCACUAACGCAUCCGGCUGAUUUAUCAGCCGCCCUGCACAGCUAUCACCAUCACCAUGGCAGUGGACCAGUGUCAGCAGCAGGAGCUCCUGGCGUCAGUUGUGGGACAUCCCUCGAUGCCAGCAAUAACAACAAGCCUCCUUUCCUCCUGCCCGCUCAACUGUACAAGAGUCUCUUCGCCAGUGCUGUUCUUCAGAAGGCCCCCAACACUUCAGAUGCCUUCAAUGGACAACCCUUCCCGCGUAAUCUUCUCUUCUCCUGCUCAGAAAAAUCCCCUAGCAGCGACAGGGACACAGAUGACAAGGCUUCUGAAGAAAAUGAUGAGAAAGCCGCUGCUGCUGCAUUUGUGUGGGGAGGUGAAUCAGGUGUACCAAGUGUGAAUUCUGUAUCAAAUAACAAUAACAACAAUCCAUCUGCUGUAAGUGGAGGAGCACCAGGAGCAGGAGGUGUUACACCAGCAGCCGGCAAUUCACCGGCCAGUUGUUCACCAGCUACAGGAAUAGGAUCAAUGCCGGUCGGAGGAGUUCAGGGUCAGAACCCUACCCAGGGCCUCGUGCACUGGAUGAGUGCCGUAAUGGCAGAGCACAUGACAUCCAAUUCACAUCAUGAUCCCACUGUUGGGAUGCACUACAUGUGGAAUGGUGGAGUCGAUCAAUGUGGCCAACACACCAAAGACAUCGAUUAUGGUGGUUGGCCAGCACCCAGGAAUCACAUGUCCAUGAAGCAGGGAUAUGAGGCUAAGAUGAAUGAUCAUCACAGCAAUAUGCAGAAACCUCAUGGACUUGACGAUGGACGUGGAGAUCAUCAUCUAGCACAAACAGGACAGAUGGCCUCAGCUCUGUACGGUGCUGCCACGGGAGCCCUUCGCUCAGGAUCCUCAAGUAGCAGUUCUCCUGGAGGUGGAGUACCCGGGUCCGUGGGUCAUGGUCAUCCUGCAACAUCGGCAGCUCUCCUUGUGGUGCCACAGCCCAUCAAUGCCACAAAGAUAGGGGGUGGCUUGCCCAAUGGAGCCCCACCCGGACGGAAGUACCAGUGCAAGAUGUGCCCACAGAUCUUCAGUUCCAAGGCAGACCUGCAAUUGCAUACGCAGAUCCACAUGCGUGAGGCGAAGCCGUACAAGUGUUCUCAAUGCUCCAAGGCUUUUGCCAAUUCCAGCUACUUGUCUCAGCACACCCGCAUCCACCUGGGCAUCAAGCCCUACCGCUGUGAGAUCUGCCAGCGCAAGUUCACGCAGCUUUCGCACCUGCAGCAGCACAUCCGGACGCACACGGGCGAUAAGCCGUACAAGUGUCGCCAUCCGGGAUGCCAGAAGGCCUUCUCUCAGCUCUCCAAUCUCCAGUCGCAUUCGCGCUGCCACCAGACGGACAAGCCCUACAAGUGCAACUCCUGCUAUAAGUGCUUUUCGGACGAACCAUCGUUGCUGGAGCACAUCCCCAAGCACAAGGAGUCUAAGCACCUCAAGACCCACAUCUGCCAGUACUGCGGAAAAUCCUACACCCAGGAGACCUAUCUUUCCAAGCACAUGCAGAAGCAUGCUGAGCGAACUGAUAAGAGGCCACCUAUUACAACGGGUAUGUCUACGCUGGGAAUCAAUCGCAAUAUUGGCCUCAAUACCCAACUACCAGCUGUAGCUGGCGAACAUCCGUACUGGCCGAAGGUGAGUCCGGACUCUGCUGCAAGUCUCACAGAAGUCAUGCAGCAACAGCAGCAACAACAGCAGCAGCAACAUAACACUUCCCACCAUGACUUCCAUGUAAACCAGCAUCAGAACAAUGGGCAUGCGGAUCUGCAGCAACAAGGCCAUCAUCGUUCUCUUCUGGAAAAUCAUUCGGCUCGCGAGGAUGUGGGUGAGGAUCUUGUGGUCAAUCGACAGCAGGCAGCCAGUCUUAGUGCGUCCGGCAAUCCGCUACCACCCUCAUCAACGCCCACCAACUACGAAGGUAGCGUAGCCAGCAUCACCAAGACAGCCCCCGUGAGCAAUUCAGCCUUCACACCUAUCAACUCCAUGACACCCCACCUCAAUUCACUGGGCCAUCACCAUCAACUGGCCCAGCGACCCUAUCUCUAUGACGCCAUCAGCUUCCAGAAUAAGAAUGUAAACCAGAAUGCCGGCGCUUCCUUCCCCAAUCAACUCAUCUCCUUGCAUCAGAUCCGAAAUUACGCCCACCAGCCCGGAGGACUCAUGGCCGGUGAACACUUGCUGGGUGUGAGUGUUGGUGCCGGCAAGGACAAGGGCUAAGCGAUUUCCCACCUCUAUAGGCUUCCUUCUACAGAAGAGGCGCGACACGUACCUGUCAAUUAGAAGGAGCAUCACUGAUCCGCAUUUAGUACGAUUUUUUCAUACACACGUUUGUUAUCUCACCUAUCAGUUGAUUCAACCUGUGAUUUUACUUGCACAAAGCUCUUCAUUGAAGAGCCUUGGAAGAAUACUUUAUUGCCUGCUAAAGGGAUUUAGGAAUUUCCCAAAGUUUUCCUCCUCCUUUAAAAAAAACCGACAGUUUUUAGGUUCCUGUUAAAAUUGACUCAAAGAAUAAAAAUAAGGAUGCAAAAUUUUUAAAUUUAAAAUUUCUUGUCUAAUUUUCUUUAUAAUUAAAAUAAAUUAAAAGAAAAAAAUAAUCGGACAUGAUGAUUUUUUAAUAACAAUUGCUUUAUCUCCGUUUUAUCAAAGUUCCUGGUAAAAUGGGUGAAGCAAUAUUAAAAUUUUACGCAAAUUAAAAAAAAAUAUUUGAGACUUAAAGCUUUCCAUUACACUCUUCAAAAAAACAUUGCACAUUUAAGUAAAUGCUGAAGGAAUUUUUUCCACACAAAAUAUCCAUGGGGGAUUAAACUUUUGCAAAUUUAAUUUCAUAUAAUAUUUUAGUCCACAAAGUCGCUAUUUUUUUGGGGCUAUCUCUUAGAAUUCUAAGUAGAAUUCUAAGAAUUGAUGAAAGGCAACCUGACUCAAAAAGAAGAACAGGAAAAUGUUUUCAAAAGCUAAUGGGCAACACACAAUUAUUUUGUUUUCUAAACUCACAAUUAUCACAACGUCUAGAAUAACUACAAUCUCGAUCAUAGCCUCGCUCACUCUAUUCCUAGUCUCACUAAAAUAAUAUUAUACUUAUAUAUUUAAAAAGAAAUAUUAUAAAUAAUUGUGUGAUGCUUAUUGCUUUUUUCAAUGUUUUUUAAAAGAAAAUAAUGAUUACACUGAGAAAAAGUCUUCUAAGAAAAAAGUUUUAAAACAACAAUGAAACAAUAAAUACGGGCUUCAGAACUAAGACUUAGCCAUACGGCUUAACUGCUCUAAUUUCUUAUCAAUCUCGAUUUUUUGGAAAAAUUUAACUUUAGGAUUGGAUUAUUAAAGAUAAAUGACCUAUUAGGUUCUCAGAAAGCAAUAAAAUGGCUCGCUUUUCAGGAUUGUGAGACCUUUGGGAACUGGGCUGAACAUCUAGCCUGAAGACCGCUUAAUGGUGCUAUUUCAAUUAAAAAGGGAAAUCUUUCUGCUGAACAGUUUUUUUUUAUUUAGGACAUGGCAAUUCUCAAUUACAUCUUGUACAUAAUUGACUUAUCUCUCUGUUGGUUCCUGUCACGGAUAUUUAGGGAUUUUUGAACAUGACGAGAAAUGGGGAAAAUAGUCGACAUAGGAACCAACAGAAUGAAAAGUCGAUAAUGCAGAAGAACUUGAGAACUGUCAUGUGCGAGAAAAAAUGUUCAGGAGGAAAAUUUUUGCCUUUUCAUUUUCCAUUGGAAUAGCACCGUAAUGCUUGAUAUUACACACAAAUGAGCAUUCUAAAUACUCAAUUUGUUGUUGAGAAUUGAAAUUUACGUUUCAAUCACAAUUUUCAUUUGACGGAAAAGGGCAACUGAUUUCACUUUGAAAGAGUAAGAGGUAAAAUGUCGAUUGAAUUUCAUUCUAUUGAAAAUGUGUGCGAGCGCCAUAAUGAUUAAAUUAUAUUCUAAAGUAGAUUUCUUUAGUAACCAAUUCUUAAAUCUACUGACCGAAAAUUUUCUUCUAAAAAAAAUAAACUAAAACAACAAUACGAAAGAAUUAUCGAGUACAAUUGAAUUUUUAGGAGCUUUCAUUAAAGGCUCCUUCAAAUUUGAGGUUUAGCCACAUAGUUUCAUUUCGAUCAUUUAAUAUAAAAAUUAUAAAAUUAUAAAAAUUAGAGGAAUUUUGACUUAGUCCUUAAAGCUCUUAAAAAUUAGUGAUAGAUUUUAAUUGCUGGUGAGAUUGAAGAUUUUUUAAAAAGAGAAGUAAAAUAGCCCUCAAUAUAAUAAACGUAAAGUUUUUUCAACUUUCAACGUAAUGUAAAAUCUAUUUAAUUCAACCUUUUAGGGCUUUUAGCUAUAUAAAAGUACAACUUUUACACUAUACUUCCUGAAAUUUUCAUUUAAAAAUUCAGCCUCUAGGACCUGAUUUUCGGGGACCUUUUUAAAAAAAAAACUUACUUUUUUUCGAUAAGGUUUCUUAGAGUAAAUUCGUGCGAAUUCAAAAGACACAUAAUUCCUGUCAAGAUGAGUUAAAAUGGUCCUUGAACGAAGGAUUUUUUAAAAGAAAAUGAAAUUGGGUUUCUUGGGAGUAUUUUAUUUAUCAAAAUACCAUUUAUGAUUUAUGACGUAUUUUACAUCAUGUUUCAUUUUUAAAAAAGGUGUGUUCAAGAAACCAUAAAAUCCUUAGUUCAAAGACUAUUUUAACUCAUCUCCUUAUAGAUUCUUUUAAAAUUAUAAAUGAACCCACUCUGAGUAAUGUUGUCCUUACAAAAAUUUAUUUUUAUCCAAGAAGAUUUUAUUUUACUAAAAUCAGAUCCCGGCGGCUGAAUUUUUAAAAUAUUUAGCGAAAAUUUCUGAAAAUAUUGUUUAAAUAUUAUACAUUUAUCUGCCAAAGACUUUAAAAGUUAUAUAAAUUUGUUACUAUUUUGGAAAAAAAGGAAAACAUGCUACACGUAACCCCUUAAGUCGUAAAUCUGUGUAACUCAGUUUGUCGAAUAAAAGACAUGCACUAAAAUUAAUACACAAAACACAUAAUUAAGAAUUAACUUUGUUACGGAAAAAUUUAUCAAAAGCUAAUAAUAUGAAACAAUAUUAAAGAAGAAAGAAUUGAAAAAGAAGUGGUUGAUCAUACGCUUAUCUUCACGCUUAUAAGGGCUCGAUUUAACCCUUAAAUGUGGAAACAACACUUAUCGAGUUUUAUAUUGAAGAAAAACCAACAUGAGGACUUUUUCCUUUUCCUAAUACAUUAAUGGGACUACCGGAAUUCGUUGGAAAAUUCUUCAGAUACAUCAUUUCCCGACGCAUUCUGGCAGCCGCAGCUCCUCGGCUUAGUUCAAACUUAACCAAUUUCGUAAAAUGAAAUUUAGAUAUCAAUCUUUUUACCUUGUCGCAAAAACGCUUUUAGGGUUAAGUAGUCUUCAGACUAAUAGAGGUUUAGCCCAGUUUCCGAAGUUCAAAUCUAAAAUAACAAACAAUUUUAUUGGCUUUUCAGAAUCUAAUGUAUCAAGUCAAAAUUUUUAACAACAAAAAAAAACUUGACUGAAAAGAAGUUAAAGGACGGUUUAAUCCUUGAAUCUACCGAAGUUUAUUGUAAAGAAAACCGACGUAAGGAUAAUGGAGUUACCGAAGCUCGUCGGGAGAUCCUUGAAAUAUCUAAAUUCCUGACGGAUUGCGGUAGCUCCAUCAAUAUAAUAUCGAGAUUUAGUUUAAACCUCAUAAAAAUCAAACAACAAAUACUGAAAUUUAAAAAGGAUUUUGUUUAUAUUUUGUAAAAUGAAUUUUAAAAGCGGUUAUUUUUAUUUUUCGGUCUUUUCUAGAACGCUCACUUAGCACUAAACCUACCAAGACCCGGUCAAAUUGACCGGUUUAAAAACUUUUUAAAAUUAACACAUAUUUAAGUACAAUUUCGCUAUUAAACUUUAUGAAUUUUUAAAUAUGCAUGUAAUCCAUGUAAUAUAUUUUUCAGUGUUUAAAUUUUAAGUUUUUCCUCUUUUCCAAGUAAAUUUGUUGCGAGCGUGCUAGGAAAAACGACGAAAACGGUCGGUAGAUUUAGUGUUAAUGUUGCAGAUAACACUCAAGCUUUCGCUAAAUCAAUAUUAGGGAAAUUGCCAGCAAUGACGAAAAAAACCCUUCAUAAAAUGAAAAUGAAAUGAAGUCAGUGUAUUCAGAGAUGACUUUUUUUAAGUCUCCUUUAUUUGUUUUUCUAUGUGCUACACAUUUAAACAUUUCUAUAAUUUCCCCUCAAAUAAAAAGUGAAACUUAAGAUAUUUGAGAGAUGACAUGCAGAGCCAAAAAUCCAGAGAUUUUACUCCAUUAACAACAAAAAAUAAGAACACUAAGAACACUAAUUGUACAGGUCACACGGUCACUUCCUUUUGAGUGUUCUAUACUGAGAGAACUCCGAAAAAGUUAAAAUAACAUUCCGGAAAUGUUAAUUUUACCCUGCAUUGAUCUGAAAUCGGUGUACACAGGGCUCUUCGUUAUCCGGCCCUUCGUUAUCCGGGUGACAGCUGCCAAACGCUGGCGGUUGAUGUAUUCAAAACGAUUUUUUACGAAACAUGCAGUUUGUCCAGAGUGAAUUAAUAUGUUAUUUUCAUUUUAUCAAAGUUUUUGAUACACAAUCGUGCUACAAAAUGAAACAUUAACACACCACGAAGAAAAUUGUGUUCUUUUUCGCCAGAAAAUAAAUUCACACAGCGCAAAAGAGAAAAAUCGUUGACCAAAAAACCAAAAUGUCAUUUUGUCCCCACGUCAGCCGGAUAACGAAGAGUCGAGUGUAAAUAUUAUGCCUUUUAGGUGUAUUAGGGGUUAAACUUACCCUUUUCAUGUUAUUUUUACCCUUAAAAAGAUGUAAAAUUAACAAUAAAAAAUGUUGAUAUAUUUUUACACCUAAAAAGUGUUAAGGUUAUGAGUAAAAAAAUGUUAAUCGCACACCCGUUUUUUCUCAGUGUACUCAUUGUUAUUUAAAUAUGAGUGUAUUUUUUUAUAAUUCUUUUUAAAACUUUCAAUAUAGAAUCCAUAUAACAUCAUUGUCCUAUAUCUGUGUUUUUUUUCUUUUCUGAGUUGGAAUAAGAUGUAUGUUUCCUGCUGAAACUCGUUCAAUUAAAAAUAAAAGAACUUUUAAACGAAUUUGGAGGAAAACUUUGAGGAUUUUGCUGAAACUCAGUCUGAAAUAGUGCUACAAUAACUAAGGAAAACCAUUUUAAAAAUGUGUUUGUUUACCGUCCACACUUUUAAAUGUUUAUAUUUUGAUCAAGGGAGGAGGAUGAAGAACUAAAAUGCAGUGAAUACUUUAGAAAAUAAAUGAAUUAAUUUCUAGCAAAUCUAAUUUUAAAAGCAUAAAGAUAAAAAAAAUGAAAUAAAAAGUGUAUUGAGUGGAACAAUGAACGAAGCAUGGGCUUCAGAAAGAUAUUCAUUGGAUGUACAAGUUGAGAAAAAAAAUGUUGAGGCGCAUAAGACGAUGGAAUAUUUGCAUAAAUGCACGAAAUGCAUAUAAAUGGACGAACUGUGAUAUAUUUUGAAUAUUUUCAAAAAAACAUAAAUUUUAAUUACAAAUGAGAAUGUUGUAAAAGAUUAACUAAAUAGUAUUAAAUAAUUAUAAAGGAAUUUAUGUAAAUAGACCUUGUAAUGAUAAUUCUUAUUUAGAAAUCCCAUUAGAAGUAAAAAAAAAACAUGAUUAAGUGGAGUAAUCUCCUAUGUCCUCAAAACCCUUCUCUCACCACAUGAAAAAAAGUAGAUAAUAAAAAUUCCAUGUAAAACUUAUGCGUAUCUAUUGAAUGAAAAAAAAAAAUAAUAUUUAAACAAUAUUUAUAGAGACUCGACGAUGAAAAUAAAAUGUUUAGAAGAAAGGAUAAAAUUAGAAAUGCAACGAAAUGUCAAUAAAUUCGACUUUUGCGAAAAAAAAAACAUUAUUUCUUCAAACAUUUUAAUUAUUAAAAGUACUAAAGGAAAAAAAAUUGUCUAUCUCUUUGUAAAAGUGUGAUUUCCAUAUCUUUGCAAAAUAAAUGGCGAGAAAAAAACAUUGAUGCAAAAAGCAAGAAAGUAAAUAAGUAAACAAUUUUAAUGAGAUGAAGAAAAUUAAUGUAAAAGUGAAUGUAAGUAAAAUAAUCAAAUGUUUUUUGCUGUGUAAAAACUUAAGAAAAAAAAAGGAAAUUUUAGAAUAAUUAUGAUUUUUUCUGUCUCUUCUGUCAUUCUGUAUGAUAUUACAAUAACGAUAUAAAUAAAAUUAUGAAUG